AUGUCUCGUACAGACGCGAUCCACGAGACAUUGCAGUCGAAUGUGUCGGCCAUCGUGCAGCUGACUGUGUCGUACCCUAGCUUUCAUGCGCCCGAAUAUGCGGUUCCCACCGAGAGCCUGGUAGGCCGGCUCUGGGCGUACGAUGCUGCCAGUAAUGUGGUCGUGAUCGAGACGGGGCAUACGAGUGCGCUGGCCCCGUCCAUGCGACGGGCUGCUGCCUCAGCAGUAUGCGAGACAUCGCCGCGCGUAUUAUCUAACAGCGGCGCGCUCGCCGGCUUCAAAAUGGUACGAGCGUCGAAAAUCCAGCGAGUCGAUGUGUUGCAGGACGACCAGUCCAUACCUCUCACGACCGUCCAUCCGGUGCCGGUCGCCGCGAUCGAGGCUCGUGAUGCAGCUGCCAAGAAAAAAUGCCAGGAACGCGUUGCCCAAUUAGCACCAUCCAAUGUGAGUGAUGUCGGGCAGGUCGUGUUUGAUGCCGUGAACAAAACUCUCCCUUGCCGCUGGCACGACUCUCACAUAAUUGUGCUGGAUGAAGUCGUGAUCUCUGGCCCCACCUAUGAUAUCUCCACCACCUACGUGCCUGGUCUUCCUGAUGACCAGCUCCAGCAGCUCUUGCACGAUGAAGACGCCAACAUUUCAUCGCAGAUCGAGCGUGCCAAUGACAAGGCACGUACUUGGCAACGCGUCACGCGAGUGCUAGAUUCUGUGCACGCCCAGCAAGCCGCCCGUAGACCGUCGUUGGUAGAGCGCGCCUCCUAA